GAAUAUGAAGCAGACUAUGUCAACAGGAAGAAUUUCCAUAGCAUAAACACACAAUUAGUGUUUGAUGCCAAAUAUAAUAUUCUUAAUGUUGUAGCUAAUUGGCCUGGGUCCACUCAUGAUGCUCGUAUUUGGCGUGAGAGUGGCCUCAAACGCAUGUUUGAGGAUCAUCGUAUACCACCGGAUUCAUGUCAUCUAUUAGGGGACAGUGGCUACCCUUGCAGACGGUAUCUGUUGACUCCCUUCCCUCGGCCACAGACUGACAGCCAGGCAGCAUACAACAGGGCACACAAGAAAACCCGGAGUAUUGUGGAACGAGGAAUAGGCCAACUGAAACGUCGGUUCCAUGUCCUCCAUGGUGAAGUCCGGCUCAACCCUGAAAAAACCUGCCAAGUGAUCCUUGCAUGUGCUCUGCUUCACAACAUAUGCAAGAAGAGGAAUAUUCAGCUGCCAGAUGAAAAUGUCGCAGAUGUGGAUGACAAUAUGGAGGUUGAAGAUGAACAUCAAGAAGUGCAGUUGCCACAGGAUGCAGCAAAUGGAACACGUUUCAGGGAGGUGUUCUGCAACCACCAUUUCCAUGCCGAGCCAUGAAUCCAUAUCAGCCUGUACAAGUUGACACAUCUUCAAGCAACACGUCAACCAUGCAUGGGGGCUCUACAGGAAUGCUUGACCUUCCUCUGGGACGCAUGGCUCUGCGGCCGGGUCCCUUAAACUUUGCAUUAACAACAUUACCAACCAGGUCACGCUGUGAGGGAAGACUACUUAUUUAUCCCUGCUUCACCUCAGUAAGUGGUACUUCGACCCCUGCUCCACCUCUCUAAGGGUCGAGGGAACGCGCUUCAAACCCUGCUCCAUCUCCCCAAGGGCUCGAAGUAACGCGAUGUGGAGGACCAGCGUGGAGGAGUGAGCAGACUACACUGGGACUCAGCCGAACGCCAACACCUUUACCCGGCUUCCCAUUCAGCUCUCACCGCCAUACGGGGUUGCUGCCUAAAGAGGGGUUUGAUCUAGCCUCACCUCCACCUAACUACGCCAGGUCACUUUCCUUCACACACGCUGAAGUUUUUUUUUUCUAGGAGGAUGAAAAAAUAACCAAAUUCACAAUUGUAUUUAUUUAUUAGGCAGCCAUGGACCACUAUCUGGAAAGAAAACAAAACUUCAGUCCAUAUGACGCCUUUGUUAAAUGAUUAAGCAGGACACAGCAAGAAGCACAUAUAUGUGGUGCAGAGAUUAAUCAAGCUGUAAAGUGGGGUGCAGGUACCAAGCAUGACUUAAUACGAAGCAUAGCAUUAUGAGUAAAUUGAUGUUUCCACGUUUACUGCAAUUUUGUGGUGUACGUUAUAAUUUUGUUAUACUGAAUUGAAAUGUGUUAAGUAUUUACUAUGA